AUGGAGCCAGGCGGAGGAGGGAGGGGGAGAGGUGGAAAGGGGGCACGGAGGGGGAAAAGCGGGGGAGGCGCAAGAGGGAGGAGAGGCAGUGCGAGGGGGGAGGCGGUGGGCGGGGUGGCGGACGGGACUGCAGGGGCGUGGUGGGCGACUGGUGGGGGCGCGGAGGGCAGCUAUGUGGGAGCAGGAGGACUCGCGGCGGGGGGAACGGGAUGGGGCUUGGGGGAGGACGCGGAGGUUGGCGCAAGCGUGCGCGAGGCGGCAGUGGCAGCGUGGGAGGGCGGAGAGACGGGCGGAGGAGUGGGAACGGUGGGCGGAGGAGUGGAAGCAGCGAAUGCAGCGGAGGGAUGGACAGGGGGAGGCGCGGAGGGGCGCGUAUCCCGCCGCAGGGGAGGCAGGGGCGCGGGGAGGGGGAGAAUGGAGGGUGAAACGGGGCAAGCGGAAGGCAGUCGCGGGCGGGGGGUGGUGGCGCGCGGAGGGAGGGGCGCAGGUGUGGCGCGCGGACAGGAAUGGACGGGGGCGGGCGCGCGAGGGAAUGCGCGGAUGAGAGGGGGGAACGCUGGCAGGGGGUGGGAUGCGGGCGGGCGAAUGGGGUACCUCGAUGGGCGGGUGAGUGGUGGAGAGACAUUGGGAGCAGUGGGAGGGCAGCAGGAGGAGUACGGAGGUGCAGCGAGGGGUAGUAGAGUGGAGAUGGCGUGGGGGGUGGGGGGCGAGGAGGCACACGCACGGCAGCAGAUGGCGGGCACAGCGAGAAUGCACCGCCUGCCGCAGCAGCAGCGGCGGGUGGAGGAGGAGCAAUGGCAGCAGCAGCAGCGUCAGUAUGAGCAGCAAGGGCAGCAGGGGGGAGGGGGCGGCGAGGGGCAGUUUGAUGUUGCGGCAGGCGGGUGGGUGGAGGGUGGGCGGGCGGAGUGGCAGCUUGGCGGAGGAGCAGGUGGUGGUGGGGAGGAGCUUGGGCGCAACGAUGUGGGUGUGGGUGGGGAGGAUGGGGGGGAUGGGGCUUGGGGGGAGUGGUACGAGGGGGACGGUGGCGGAGCGGCAGAGGAGGAAUGGGAAGGAGAGGGAGGGGAGGAGUGGGGGGGAGAGGGAGGGGAGGAGUGGGGGGGAGAGGGAGGGGAGGGGGAGGAGGACUAUGAGGUGGGGUAUGCUGCUGGGCUGGCUGCUGCUCGUGAGGCCCUCAGACAAGCCUCUGCCGCCACUGCUGCUGCAGCUGCACAUGUUGGUGCUGGCGGGGUGGCUGUUGGGGGUGCUGCUUCCAUGGGUGGAGUUGGUGACGGGGCAGCAGGCGGUGCUGCAGGAGACGGCCUUGAUCUCAUGCUGCCUCACCACCCGCCUGCUGCAGCACCACGAGGCACAGCACCUGCCCUUCACACACCGGAUGCCUCUCAUGUGCCCACCGCAGCAGCAGCGGCAGCGGCAGCAGCAGGCGGAGGCGCAGUGUGCCGCGCCAAGUACCCCGACAUGCGCCUCAUCCCCUCCCACGUGCGCCGCAUCCUCACCAAGGCGCCCCACUGGAGCUCCACCUUGGCGCAGCGCAGCAGCAAGCGAGUGCGCGCGCCGGAGAGCAUGGCGCUGGAGGAGGCGCUCGUGGCGUGGCUGCGGGACAUGAAGGGCGGCCCCGGCGCCACCAAGGUGCAGCUUCAGCAGAUCUGCGCCAAGGGCCGCCAGCUGGGCCCGUCGUUUGGGGUGUCGCCCUCCUUCAGGUACAGCAUUGGGUGGGCGUGUCGCUUCCAGGAGCGGUGGGGGUUCUCAAAGCGGCAUCUGGAGGAGGAGAGGGAGGCGUAUUUCAAUGACGACCCCGCCGCUGCUGCUGCUGCUGCUGCGGGCAGUGCUGAGCCGUCAUUGGUGGAGCUGGCUGAUGAGAUCUUUGGCGCUCAGAUCCUGGUGGCGCGCACGGAUGGUGAUGAUGCGGACGAGGGGGAGGGGGAGGGGGAGGGGGAGGAGGGGGAAGAGGGAGAUGAGGAGGGCAGUGAGGAGGAGGAUGAGGACGAGGGUGAGGAGGAUGGAAGGGGUGGGGGUGGGAGGGGAGGAAGGGGAGGGAGGAGAGGGAGGGGAGGGAGGGGAGGGCGGGGAGUAGUGGGAAGGGGGCGUGGGAGGGGAGGUGCGUGGAAGGGAGGGAUGAGGGUGGUGGGACGGGAGACGUCACUGACUGCUGGCAGGGAGGUGAUCGACCUAGAGGGCGGUGAGGGGGGGGAGAGGGGCGAGGGGGGUGAGAGGGGCGACAGGCCGCAGCGGCGGCGGAGGGGCGAGGGCGGGUCAGAGGAGCAGACGCAGCAGGGCAGGGAGCAGGCAGGUGGGGGUGCAGGCGAGGAGGGCGAUGGAGGAGAGGCGGCAGCAGAGGCGGGUGGAUGGGCAGGAGGAGUAGAGUUGCUGGCAGGCACGGCAAGAGGCGCAGCAAGGGAUCGGGCGAGGAAGAAGGCAGCAGGCAAGGCGGCACGCGCGGUGCAGCCGAGUCGAGAGCUGCUGGCGCUGGCACUGGCAGAGGCUGGCGUGGACGGGGAGCAGGCGGGUGGCGGCAUGCAGGGAGCAGGUGGGUGUGACUCGGAUGAUGUAGCACGCACAUUGGCAGCAGAGGGAGUCAGACGGACAGCGCGGCCAGCAGGGGCAGCGGUGAGGGGUGCAGCAGCAGCAACAGCAGCGGCAGUGGGGGGGGCGUUGGUGGAUGUGGAGGCGGCAGUGGCAGCAGCAGGAGACCUCCGCCUGGACGCCCCCAGCGAUGACUCCAGUGCUGGCCACGCCCACGGUGGUGAUGGUAGUGAUGGUGGUGAUGGUGGUGAUGGUGGUAAUGGUGGUGAUGGUGGUGAUGGUGGUGAUGGUGGUGACGGUGGUGAUGGUGGUGAUGGUGGUGAUGGUAGUGAUGGUGGUGAUGGUGGUAGGCGGCACGUGGAGAGGCAGCGUGCUGCAGGGAGGGAGAAGCGGGCGCCGGGCGGGAAGGGCAAGCACCGGGCGGCCAUCAGUCUGCGGGUGAAGCGAGUCAUCUGCAUGCUGAGGGCUGCCCGCCCCGACAUGCCGCCCAAAGACAUCCACCGCCUCGUGCACCGCGCCUUCGCUGCUGCCGCCCGCCAGCCUCAAGGCACCGCCCCUCCCUCCGCCACCACUGCUGCUGGCAGGGCAGCGAGCUUGGCAGCGGGGGGGGUUGCGGCGGCGGGCGUGGAGGCGGCGGGAGUGGCGGCGCUGGACGUGGCGGCGGUGAGGCGCAUCCUGAGGAAGAGCCACGUGUACCUCGCCCUGCCCGCCCACGGCGCCACCCUCAUCCGCCACAGCAGCGGCGCCCACCCCCACGUGCAGGCGGCCGUAGCCGCAUGGGUGAGGGCGAUGGAGGCGCGGUACGGGCGAGAGGCCCUGCGGUGGGAUGAUAUCCUGGAGUAUGCGCGGCAGGUGGGGCCGCAGAUGGGCGUGAAGGAGGGGUUCCGGUAUAGCUACCACUGGGCUCGCAAGGCGCUGCUGCGGCACGGGCUGGGGAGUAACUGGGGCAAGCAGGUGGAGCGGGGCGGUGGGAAGAAGAAGGGGAAGGAGAGAGGAGAUGGGGGAGAGAUGUCAAUUGAUGGUAGCACCACUGAUGGUAACACGACAGAUGGAAACACCACGGAAGGGCAGAGCAGUGACGGUGGAGGGACGGACGAGGAGAGGGAGGAGGGGCGCCAUACACUGCACCCUGACCGCCCUGCUGCUGCUGCUGCUGGUGCUGGUGCCGGGCGUGCAGGGCGGGCAGGGGGGGGAGAGGAGCAGCAGGAGGGCCCGCUGGACCGCCUGCAGCGGCUGGCGGAGCAGUGGGCUGCUGAGAGACGCACGCCGGGGCAGUCGCAGGGGCGCACGGGCGAGGGGGCGGGCGGCAGGCAGCGGCGGUGGCGCCACACGGUGGUGCCGCCCGCUGUGAAGCUCGCCAUGUGCGCCCUCGCCCGCGCCCUCCCCUCCCUCCCCUCCAAGGCCAUCGCCCGCGCUGUUGGCGCCAGGUGCGUUGUGGUGCUGCCUGCCACACAUGGUGCUGGAUUCCUUGUCCGAAUCUGUGCGUUGUGGUGCUGCCUGCCACACAUGGUGCUGGAUUCCUUGUCCGAAUCUGUGCGUUGUGGUGCUGCCUGCCACACAUGGUGCUGGAUUCCUUGUCCGAAUCUGUACAUUCUCUUGAUUGAGAAUAUACAUUCACUCCUUCUCCCUCCCUCCCCUCCAAGGCCAUCGCCCGCGCUGUUGGCGCCAGGUGUGUGGGACUCCUUGGCUGACUCCUCCCUGUUUCAUGCCUCCAGGUACGGCAUGAGGCUAACGAACGUGUCGCUGCCAGCAGUGCUGCUGAGGGAGGACGACUGGAGGCAGCUCGUGCACCGCUCCCGCGCUGGCAGGCCGGGCGCCGUCAGACUGCGCGGCGCUGAGACCCGCCUGGAGGAGGCUCUUGCGCUCGCAGUGAGGAAGGCUAUAGCGAGGACGGAGGAGGACAGGCGAGCUGCAGGGGGCGGUAGGGGGGACGAGGUGGGGAGCAGAGGGGGGCCGGGGGCGGGGCAGCAGCAGAUGUCAGUGCGGGCGGUGCAGGAGUAUGCGAGGCGGCUGGCACCUCUGGUGGGGGUAAGUCAGGGAUUCACGUGCAGCCUGGCAUGGGUGCAGCAGUUCAUGCAGCGCUGGGGAUUCCACCCCCCUGCAGGCACGGGAGGAGGAGGUGGUGGGGCGAGGGGGCGAGGGGGCGGGCUGGGUGCGAGGAGAGGGGAGGAUGGUCGGACAGAGGACGAAUUUGAAGAAGGGGGAGGGGAGGAGGGGGAGGAGAGUGAGGGGCAGGGAGGAGUGAGCGCGAGGAUAAGGGGGAUAGUGGACGAGCGGUGUGAGGUGCGGCAGGAGGAGGUGGCAGCGCUGGUGGCGGUGGCAGAGGAGCAGCGGGAGAGGCGCGCUCAGAUCAAGGCGAGUGGCCGCCGGCUCACUGACGUGCGCGAGGAGGAGUGGAUAGAAGAGGGGCGGCACGAUGGUGCUGGUGGGCGGCGUAGGGCGGCAGGGAAUGGGAUGGAGAGUGAUGGUGGGGAUGGGGGCGUGACUGGUGACAGUGAUGGUGCGUGUGACAUGACGGACAAUGAUGGUGGUGACUUUGACACGGACACUGACCUUGACCUGCCCACCCGCCGUGCCCAUACGAGCCCCCACGCUGCUGCCACUGCUCACGCUUUCCCUCGUUCUGCCCCUCCUGCCAUCGCUGCUCAAAGUGCGGCACCUGCUAAUGCCACUGCUGCUGCUGCUGCUGCGGCCACUGCUGCAGCUGUCACUGCACAUCCCUCAGUGACCCCACCACCUCAAGUGAGCACCCUGCUGGCAUCGCUGGCUGGCGUGCGGGUGGCAUCUGCUGCUCAGGCCGCCCCGCAGCUGCAGUCUGCGUGGGCCGCCCUUGCCGCAGCCACGCCCUUCUCCAGGCAGCUCACGGCGCACCGCGCGGCAGAGGUGGGGCGGGCAUGGCGCCGCCUGGAGAGGACCCGCGUGGUGGUGUGGGAGGGGGGUGUGGGGAGUGAGGGGAAUGAGAGCAGUGAGAGCAUGAGCGUGGAGGAAAUUGGAGGGAUGGGCAGCAGCAUGGAGGAGUGGGAGUCGAAGGAGGGCAUAGUUGGCGCGGUGGCAGGGAGGAGCGCAGGAGGGGGCAUGCCUGGUGGGCGAGGGAGGAAGAGAAGGAGGGGUGGGGAUGCGCAGGACGGUGUGGUGGCAUCACGGGCCGGGGCAGCAGCAGCAGGGAGUGGGGCGGGCAUGGCAGCCAGGGGAGCAGCAGGCAGAGGGCAGUUGGCAGCGGGCGGGCAGGGGUCAGCAGGCAUGGCAGCACCUCUGCUGGCUCCAGAGCUCAUAGUGGCAGCGGCCCUCCGAGCUGCCCUCGCCUCCCAGCCCAUGCCCGCCCCCUCCGCUGCUCACGCCCUGCGCUUCCCGUUCCCCCAGGCUUCUCCACCCGCCACCACCGCACUCCACUCCCUCGUUCAGCUGCUUUCCUCUGGUGGCUUGCCGUCCGGCCUUCUCCCGGUCGCCCGGCCGUACGGCUUUGGCUGGGGCCAGCCGCUACUCCCUGCGCCUCCCCCAUCCUCCCACGCUGCUCCCUCUCCCACAAGGCCGCCUCCCCCCCGGUCUCUCACUGCGCUCCUCACUUCACUCACAUCCAACCAACCGCCUUUCUCCACCACACCUGAGCCUCCCUCCACCUCACGUGCGGCUGCUCCCACUGCUGCUGCUCCCACCAAUGCCCCUAUGGCAGCAAGAGCAGCUGCUAUUGAUCCUGUGACAUGCGCCGCUGCCACCAAAACACCUUCUACUCCUUCGCCGGCUCCCGUGCGUCCACCUGCUGCUUUUCAUGCUCGCGACGCCUCCACUCCGGCUGCUGUUCCUGCGUCCGCUCCUCGUCAUAUUCCAGCUGCUAAUAUCUCUGUUCCUGCUCCUGUUCCUGCACCCGCUUUGGCCACCACUGCUGCCAGCAGCGCUGCAGAUAAGGCUCAUUCUGCUAUUGGUUCUGCCACUCCCUCAGAGAAGUCAUGA